AUGCGAUCCCCCGCGGCUCUGUGCGGGGCGCUGCUGGCCCUUCUGCUUCCCGCCGGGGCCAGCUCCAAGCAGAAGCCGGUCAGAAAAGAUGAAAACCUGGUGCAGCUCUCCGGUGGGACGUUCCAAAUGGGAACAAGCUUAUUUGAUAGCAAAAGUGAAGAUGGCCCCCCCAGGGAGGUGACGGUCAAGCCGUUUCUGAUGGACAGAUAUCCGGUCAGCAACCGAGAUUUCCGGGAGUUUGUGCGAGAUCGGAAGUACAUAACAGAAGCGGAGAAGUUUGGAUGGAGUUUCGUGUUUGAGGAUUUUGUACCCGAAGAGCUUAAGAAGAAAGUGACACAAAAACUGCAGUCUGCACCCUGGUGGCUUCCGAUAGAGAAGGCAUUUUGGAGACAGCCCGCAGGUCCUGGAUCUGGCAUCAAGGACAAACUGGACCACCCGGUGUUGCACGUGAGCUGGAACGACGCCAGAGACUUUUGCACGUGGAAAGGAAAGAGGCUUCCGACGGAAGAGGAAUGGGAGUUUGCUGCCCGGGGAGGACUGGAGAACAGGCUGUAUCCUUGGGGAAACAAAUUCCUGGCCAACCGAACAAACCUGUGGCAGGGCAACUUCCCUUACACGGACACAGCUGAAGACGGCUACCACGGAGUUUCCCCGGUGGCAGCAUUCCCUCCACAAAACAGCUAUGGGAUCUAUGACCUGCUAGGAAACACCUGGGAAUGGACAGCCUCAGCCUACCGCCCUCCUGGACGCGCCUCCCGCCAGCCUCCUCAAGAGAUGCGUGUCUUGCGGGGAGCUUCUUGGAUCGAUACGGUGGAUGGGUCAGCAAAUCACAAAGCUGGGGUGAUGACACGGAUGGGGAACACGCCAGACUCCGCCUCGGACAACCUGAGCUUCCGUUGUGCUGCUACCCUCUCCUUGGAAAGCAUGAACAGAAACACAGAACUCUGA